AUGUCACUUCCGAUCACCGCUGAAUCAUCCAGCGUCAUGUCCGACUUGAAUAACCAGACUACCGUGCAGAAUGAGCACCGCCAGGGCGUUUCUGAUACCACUGGGCACUCCAAGAUUCAAGAGAAGGCACCUGAGCGCUAUCCCGAUUCUGUCCACCCCACCGACGCUGAGCCCGGCCAGUCUACCAACAGAACCCACGCCAAGGACGGAGGCAAGGCGUCCAUCGUGCCCCAGAAGCUACAGGAGAAGCUUCCUGAGAGUGUUGAGCGUGCGGUCCCUAACGCGAUACACGACACCGGUGACACCGGUGGCCUCCACCGAAAGCAGUAA